AAACAGCGAUUUAAGCCUCCCUCCUCGUGGUAGAACCAACAAAUAUUUUGAUAAAUCGCAGAAGUGAUUAAGAUAGUAGGAGGGAGAGAAAGAGAGAUGGGAAGUAAAGAGAGAGAAAGCAAAGGGUACGCAUGGGCUGUUACAGCGGGCUUCAUCGCAGCUUUAGCUGCUAUUUCCGCAAAGUUUUUCUCUUCUCAGAUUGUGAAAUACAGCCUUGUGAUUAUGUUCAAUGUGACAAUGUGGGGAUGCUACAUCAACAGCCUUAGAGCGCUGUCAUCUUUACAAGCUACAGUGACAAACUUUGCAACGAAUUUUCUCUCGUCUGGUCUGGCUGGUUAUUUUCUUUUCGAAGAAACCCUACCAAUCAAGUGGUUUGCAGGUGCCUUGCUGAUUGUAGUAGGUGUAUUCAUACUCACUAAAUCAAGCAUAGAGAAGAAAACAAACACUGAUUAGAUGUGUGCAUGUGAUGGCUGUGCGAAACAUCUUCCAUUUUGGGAUGUGUAUACCAAAGUAAGAACCUCGCGGUCAUUAUAGCACAAUAGAUAUCCAGUCAAGUGCAACUAAUCAGAAACUUUUGCCCCCAUGAAAAAAUUUCAAGUCUUACAUGUCUACAUUAUACAAUUAGUUUUGAGUAUGCUACGGGAUUUCUCUAUGUCAAUUCAGCAUUCGGAAAAGAAGAUGAAUACGUCAUGAAUCUCCAAGCUACGACUCCUUUAUGCCACGCUUCACACAGAAAUAACUUGUCCAUGUCUGAUAUUGUUCUUUUGUAGGUAGAAGUUCCCCCUUGGAAAUGUUGGUACUCCUCUACAACUUGGGUUUGCUUAAAUGAGAUACAUUGAUUUGUGUAUCCUCAAGUAAGUGGAAGCAUGUCACUGUUGUAACCCUUUUAUAAGUGAAAGUAUAAAGUGCAGAAUAUGAUUCUGUAAAUCUUAGUGAUUAAUAAGUGGUGAACAGCUUGGAGAAAUAUGAGUCAUAUGUCCAAAGAGAUUCAAUUGAAAAUGGACAAAUUUCUUCUUAUUUAAUUUUUGCAUUUAUAAGACAUAACCUGCUAUUUUAGUAAUCCCAUAGUUUGUUGGGAUUUCUUUAUUUGGAAAUUCAGAUUAUAUUAAUAAAAAAAUAUGAGGAAGUUUUAUGUC